GUGUCUGAUUCCUAACGGAUAUGCUGCCCUGGCUGGAGUGGUGGGUCCUGCCUUGUUGUGCCUGGUGGUUGUUAUUGGAGUGUGCUUCCAAGCCUAUCAAGUCACUCAACAGUGGAAGAUGUACGAUGACAUCUACAGGGGACGCUACAAUGCUAAUGAGGUGCCCCUGAUCCUGUUCAUGUACCUGUUUGUGGUUCUGACCUGGGUGUUUGGAGGACUACACCUGGCCUAUGGAUACCUGUGGCUCCUGGUCAUCUUCUGCAUAUUCAAUGUCCUACAGGGUGUGUAUAUGCUGGUGGUUUAUGUCCUCUUGAGGAACCAGCUGUGCUGGCCUGUAAAAGCCAGCUAUGAGCUACAGACCCCGGCUGAGAAUGGCCUGAUGCCUCAGGUUGUGUACAGCCAUGAUGGCUCCCUGGCUGGAAGUACCAUGAAGCUGGUGGGACAGGAUGACAUUGGAGAAUCGAGUGACUGGGGCCACGACGGGGUUGGCUCUCUGACACCCUCCAACCUGAAGAAGUACUCCCCAGCUACUCCGGGCAACAUCUACAUCACCACGCCCACCCGCUCCCCGGUAGAUGAGCAGGAGGAGGAGGAACAGGAGUUUGAUGAUCUGAUCUUUGCCCUGAAGACGGGGGCACCGUUUGACUCCAGUGGGGAGGAGGAGAGACCGCAGUCCAGGAACCAGAGUCAGCUCACUAACGACCUGGACUACAGCGGGGAUUCUAACGAACACUACGAAAUGAGAAGGAUAAACAUUGCUGAUACACAUCUUUGAUAACCUCGACCCAACCCAAAGCUGGGUGACUUUGUGAA